AUGUCAACACUAGUAGAAUUGUUUCGUAAAGCAGCAAAUCAAGCAGAGCUAAAAUCAAGAAUUGUCGUUCGUGAUGGAGAUACGAAGUGGACGUUGGCUGAAUUGGAUAUGAUGUCGGAAAAAUUAGCAAAACAUUUCGUGGAAAAAUAUGGUUCUAAGAAAGGAGAUUGUAUUGGCAUCUAUAUGAACAAAUGCGCAUUCUAUCCAUUAGCUUAUACGUCUAUUCUAAAAGCUGGUUGUGCUUAUAUUCCUUUAGAUAUCUUCUAUCCGCAAACUUUACUAAUUGAAAUUAUCAAGGAAAUUAAACCAGUGGUCAUUUGUACAACAGCGGAUAUUGCUGAUCGCAUUUCAGAUUUGGCACCGAUGUAUAUAUUUGGAUCCUCACUUCCCAAUCCGUCAGAGUCCAUUAAAUUACCUGAAGUUGGUCCUGACGAUCGUGCUUAUAUCGUUUAUAGCUCUGGCACAACCGGUAAACCAAAAGGUAUCGAAUGCCCACAUCGCGGUGCUGCUUUUUCAUAUCAAUAUCGAUUUGUCGAAUACCCGUAUGUGGAAAAUGAACGAGAAGCUUGCAAUGUAUUUUUUGUUUGGGAAUUAUUCAGACCGAUUCUCCAAGGAGUUGAAAUGUAUGUAAUACCGGACAAUAUCAUUUAUGACAUACCGGAAUUAUGCCGUUUCCUGAGUACCAAUAAGAUCACAAGAAUGCUGUUUACUCCAUCAUUGCUAGAAGCUGUUCUCGAUAACCAAUCUGACGAAACAAUUCGAUCAUCAUUCCGUUCUUUCCGGACAAUACUGUUAUGCGGUGAGGUAGUGACAUAUACCUUAUUGAAGCGAAUUCUCGAAACCUUACCCAAAGUGAAAGUCUUAAAUUUAUACAGUGUUUCUGAAUGUCACGAUGUAUCUUACUCUAAUCUUACGGAAGUCUUCUACACGGAACCAUCAAGAAAGUAUGCUCCUGUUGGUAAAGUAAUCCCUGGAGUUAAGGUUAUUGUCAUGGAUGCUUCCGAGGAAUUGAAAGAAUUGCCAAUGGGAGUUCCUGGAGAGAUUUUUGUGGGUGGACCAGCAUUGGCAAUUGGAUAUAUUAAUCGACCAGAAUUAAAUCAACAGCGGUUUAUAACUGUACCGGUUGAGUUGAAGGAUCGAUUAGGUGAACGUUUGUAUAGGACAGGUGAUUGGGGAUAUUUACUUCCUAAUUCAGUCUUGGAAAUUUGUGGACGUUGUGAUACGAUGGUGAAAAUUCGUGGUUACAGUAUUGAAAUUCUCGCUGUGGAAGCAGUAAUUAUGGAAUUACCAUACGUUAAAAUCUGUGUGGUAUUAAGUAUUGGUUCAGAAGGUGAUGAUAAACAACUUGCCGCAUAUGUUGUGUUGAAUGAGAAUAUCACAAGAAAACAAAUAAGAGCUGAUUUAAAGAAACGAUUACCUUUUUAUAUGGUACCAAGUUAUUUCGUCUUUUUACCCAGUUUACCAGUAGUACCGGCAUCAUCAAAAGUUGACAAAAAAGCAUUGCCACCUGUGGAUCUACAAAAAGAUGCAGUGGAAGCAAGUUCGCUUCCGAAAACUCCAACAGAAGAACGAUUAGCUAAGGUUUGGGCUGAAGUGCUAUCGCGAACUGCUAUCGAUAUUCAAGAAAGCUUUUUUGACCUCGGAGGACAUUCGUUAUUGGCAGCUCGUUUGUUGCAUAAAAUUGAGGAGGAAUUUGGGAUACAAUUAAAUAUACGUGAAUUAUUUGCUACACCAACCGUAUCAUCAUUAGCUCGACGUAUAGAUAAUAUAGAUGAUAAUGAUAAUUUGGAGCAUGUUGAUCUAGCACAUCAAGUUAAUAUUCAUGACUUCAAAGAUAACGUGAUGGACUUACAUUUACGCGCUUUUUGGCGUUCCACCGAUUUAGACUACAACUUCUCACGUGAUAUCGUAUUACUAACUGGUGUUACUGGUUUCAUCGGUUCUCAUUUACUUGUUAAACUUCUAUUUACAACUGAGAUGCGAGUUAUUUGUUUAAUUCGAGAAAGCGCAGGUGUAACCACACAUUCCAGGCUUAUUACGAGUAUUGAGAAGAUAGGUAUGUUGACAAAUACGCUAAGCGAUUUAAUCAAAAGUCGAGUUAAAAUAAUUUCUGGUGAUGUGGCAUUGCUACGAUUAGGUCUUAGCGAGGAGGAAUAUUUAUUUUUGACCUAUAAGGUAGAUGUGGUAAUUCAUGCCGCUGCUUAUGUGAAUUUAAUCUUCCCAUACCAGGCUUUGCAUGGUAUUAAUGUUUUGGGUACACGAAAUGUUCUGGACUUUUGUCAUCAAAAUAAAGUAAAACCACUUUAUUAUCUAAGUACAGAUGGAGUGAUACCAUCAAAUUUAAAAGAUGUUGAUGAAAAUACUGAAAAUGAUGAUGUGCAAGGAAAAUUGAUAAAUGGUUAUGCUCAGACUAAAUGGGUAGCUGAAAAAUUGGUAUUAAAUUCACAGAUACGAGGACUUCCAACAGUCAUCUUUCGACUUGGGAAUCAGGCAGCCUCAAUGAGUACCGGUGUAUGGAAUAAGCAGGAUUUCAUUUAUUUGUUAAUUUGUUGUUCCAUUCAAUGUAAAAUGGCUCCAAAUUUGGACUGGGUGGUUGAAUUAACACCUGUUGACUUCAGUGCUUCAUUUAUUACACAAAUUUUAACAAAAAAUUUUCGUGCCAGUAUGGGGAAAAUAUUUCACUUAACAAAUAGUGAAGGACCAAAUUGGCGACAAAUAGUUAAUUGGAUAAAUGAUUUUGGCAUUCCAAUGAGAUUGAUACCUUUACAGCAAUGGAUUCAAUUAAUAAGUACAAGUGAAGGAACAGAAUGUCAACAAAUGCAUAAAUUACUUCAAAUAAUGAUCAAAGAUGAUACUUUUUUUACGACACAAUCAACAUAUAAACGAACAAAUACAGAAAAAACAUUAAAAGAUAUGGGCUGCACAUAUCCGGUUGUCACAAAAAGUUUAUUCACUCAUUGGCUUAGACUUUUGGUGCAGAAGAAUUUUACUGGGAUGCCAACAUCCACUCCAUUUGAUAAAACAACGGUUGGAAAAGUUUGCAUAGUAACAGGUGCAAGUACAGGUAUUGGUGAGGCAAUCGUUCGAGAACUUGCCUUAAUUGGAUAUAUGAAAGUGGUAUUCUGCGCAAGACGACGAGCAAAAUUGAUAGAAUUAGUUAAUAAAUUGGAAGCUGAAGGAUGCAUGUCAAGUAAUUUACUUCCUGUGGCAUGUGAUGUUACGCAAAUGAGUGAUGUGCAGUUCGUGGUAAGUCAAGCUGUGGAAACGUAUGGAGUAAUAGAUGUAUUGGUGAACAAUGCUGGAUGUAUGUACUAUGAGAUGAUGAAGAAUGGACCAACAAAAGAAUGGAAUCAACAAAUUGAUGUUAAUUGUCGCGGUACAAUGAAUUGUAUUGGAGCAGUAAUACCGCAUAUGAUUAAAGCUGGAUCAGGGCAUAUUGUAAAUAUAACAUCUGAUGCUGGAAAACGUGGUUUUCCUGGAUUAGCUGUUUAUUCCGGAACCAAAUUUUUCAUCGAAGGCAUGUCGCAAGCACUGCGUCUGGAAAUGGUUGAACAUGGUAUAAGGGUAACGAAUGUGCAACCGGGAGAUGUUGAAACGGAAUUAGCAAAUAGUUCGAUUGAUGAAGAAGCAUACACCAAAUACAACGUAUCCAAAGCAGGUCAUCCAAUUCUUAGCUCAUCAGAUGUCGCUCGAGCAGUGCUAUAUGCAGUAAAUCAACCAUCUUCGGUUGCUGUUAACGAAAUCCUUAUUGAACCUCAGGCUACUCCCAUAUAA